GGUACAUUCCCAUGCUGUGUGCUAGUUCCAGAUUUUCUAGGAAGGACGUAAAAAAAAAUGUCCCGGCAACCAAUAUGGUUGUUGGCGUUGACGAGUCUUAUUGUUCACACUCCGGAGGUUUUCUGUUUCAUAAUGACGGAUCCGAGCAAUGAGAUUACUUUUGAACAGUUUGCGAUGCAAGCAACGGCGGAAAUCAAAAACCUGAAAACUGAGGUGAACGCACUGAAAGCACAAGCUGCAAAGAAUGUCAUCGUAGCUUUCCACACCGAAAUGACAAACGACGUCACCAUCCAGGAACACAGCGUUGUUCGCUUCAACAACGUCAACAUCAACAUUGGCAGCGGCUACAACAACGGCUCUGGCGUGUUUCGAGCCCCAGUCAGCGGAAUAUAUCUGAUCCUUCUUCAGGUGUACUCGAAACCGCAACACCACGUCGCCCUAAGUCUGUAUAAACAAGGCACGGCCGUCAACGAAGCGGUGGCGGGAACGGGUGGCUAUCAGUCCAGUACCGUAGCCGAGAUGCUUCAUUUGAACCAAGGUGAAGACGUUUGGGUACAGCACAUUGUCGGCGAGACCAGUAUCAGGGCAUAUCACCACACACAGUUUUUAGGAUAUCUAUUAAAGGCUGAUUAAAAUGUUAUGUAUGUUUA